CGCAUUAUAAUACAUUUCUGACGCACGGCACAGUAUUACAGCCAGAGACGAUGUCCAGUCCUCUUGGCACAGUCAAAGCGGAGGCUGUUGCGAUGUCUGAUGAGAGUCGAGCUCCGCCUUCAGGUUGUCCCAUGCACCAGGACUCCAAAAGAGCUGCUCCUCCUCCUGAGUGCCCCAUGCACCGAGCAGCUGCUCCAGAACAACACAAGAGUGCACCAGAUGUUCCAGCACAUCAGGACAGAGCCUACGAGUUUGUGCAGUGUCCUGUGACCGGAGCUAGAGGAACUAAUCCUACAGCAUCUGACAUCAACCCUGCCAACAUGAUGCCUCCUCCUAACCAGCAGCCUUCUCCCGGUCAGCCCUUUUCUCUGUCUGUGAUGCGAGAAGAGUCCCACAUCCCUCGCGCAGGAUCCGAGCAGAACUGGGUUUAUCCCUCUGAGCAGAUGUUCUGGAACGCCAUGCUGAGGAAAGGGUGGCACUGGAGGGAGCAAGACAUCUCUAAAAAAGACAUGACCAACAUCAUUUCCAUUCACAACCAGAACAACGAGAACGCCUGGAAGGAGAUCCUGAAAUGGGAAGUUCUGCAUUUAAAGGAGUGUCCGUGUGGACCUUCUCUUAAAAGGUUUGGAGGCAAAGCCAGAGAAUUUACUCCGAGAGCCCGCUUUCGUCACUGGAUGGGGCACGAGCUGCCGUUUGACAGACACGACUGGAUCGUGGACCGGUGCGGCAAAGAGGUGCGAUACGUCAUCGACUACUACGAUGGAGGUCAUGGGUCGAAUCACACCAUCCUAGACGUCCGGCCGGCGUUUGAUUCUUUAGGAGCCGUUUGGGAUCGCAUGAAGGUGGCGUGGUGGAGAUGGACAUCAUCAUAAUCCUGUGCUUCUAUAUGGGACUAUAAGGGAUUUAUAUUCAUGCUUAUUUAUUAGUGAUUAUUUGGGCUUGUUUAGCUCACUCUGUCAGGAAGUACCAUGUUUUGUUAUGUUGCGCGCACACACACAGCCAACAGUAUAUUGAUGAUUUAUUAGUAUGGGCUCCAAAUAUCAGUCAUGAAAAUAAGUACCGGUGAAACCUCGUCAAAUGUAAGUUUAUAUCAGUUUAAUGAAGUUGAUAUCUGAAAGAAUUAUCAUGUGAUAGAAUGCAAAUACAUGGCUAAGGGUGUUGAGAUUUAAUCAUACCACAGAUCAACUGAUUACUUUUUACACUUAUUUUUGUUUGAAUAGGAAUUUAAUGAGUGCCUGAUGAUGCUUUUUACUUAAUUACGAAAAGCUUAAUAUCUUAACCGUCAUCCUAGACAUUAAUCCAGGGUUAAAUAUAUAUUUCAUCUUACAUGUUGAUGUCCAGUGUUCUGCAUUGUACUGUAAUCUGAGUUUUCUCCCACCGUAUGAAAUCCACUGUAUGCACAAUAAACAUCAUGUUUCAUGAACUU